GGGUUAGGGUUAGGGUUAGGGUUACAUGGAAGGCACCGGGAACAUGUUCGACGGCUCCGUCCUGGCCGCCUACGGCAACGUCAUCGUGGCCACCCUCAAUUACCGGCUGGGCGUGCUGGGUUUCCUCAGCACUGGCGACCAGGCUGCAAAAGGCAACUAUGGGCUCCUGGACCAGAUCCAGGCCCUGCGCUGGCUCAGUGAAAACAUCGCCCACUUCGGGGGUGACCCCGAACGCAUCACCAUCUUUGGGUCCGGGGCGGGGGCCUCCUGUGUCAACCUUCUGAUCCUCUCCCACCAUUCGGAAGGGCUGUUCCAGAAGGCCAUCGCCCAGAGCGGCACCGCCAUUUCCAGCUGGUCUGUCAACUACCAGCCACUCAAGUACACGCGGCUGCUGGCGGCCAAGGUGGGCUGUGACCGCGAGGACAGCGCCGAGGCUGUGGAGUGUCUGCGCCGGAAGCCCUCCCGCGAGCUGGUGGACCAGGACGUGCAGCCCGCCCGGCCGUUCCUAAGUGGAGGCGCCUGGCCAGGGAGGGGUGCGCAGGGUGCAGUGAAGGGCUUCAGGGAAGAACUCCCGGGCAGCCCGAGUGUCCCGAAGGACUCAGGGCUACCACAUCGCCUUCGGGCCCGAGCCCGAGCCGACCCGCGGGCCUAUGACCGCUUCCCCGGGGACUCCCGGGACUACUCCACGGAGCUGAGCGUCACCGUGGCUGUGGGCGCCUCCCUCCUCUUCCUCAACAUCCUGGCCUUCGCCGCCCUCUACUACAAGCGGGACCGGCGGCAGGAGCUGCGGUGCAGGCGGCUCAGCCCGCCGGGGGGCUCGGGCUCCGGCGUGCCCGGGGGCGGCCCCCUGCUCCCCGCCACCGGCCGCGAGCUGCCACCCGAGGAGGAGCUGGUGUCCCUGCAGCUCAAGCGGGGCGGCGGCGUCGGGACGGACCCUGCCGAGGCCCUGCGCCCCGCCUGCCCGCCCGACUACACCCUGGCCCUGCGCCGGGCGCCGGACGACGUGCCUCUCCUGGCCCCCGGGGCCCUGACCCUGCUGCCCAGCGGCCUGGGGCCCCCGCCGCCCCCUCCACCCCCCUCCCUCCACCCCUUCGGGCCCUUCCCCCCGCCGCCCCCCACCGCGGCCAGCCACAACAACACGCUACCGCACCCCCACUCCACCACGCGGGUAUAGGGGGCGGCUUGGGGAGGCCCCCCUCCCCGGCCCUCCAGGCCACCCCGAAGGCAGGGAGGAGGACCUGGCGACAGGCUCUUCCCGCUGGAGCCGUCAAGCGUCGAGGAGCCUUAGGUGGCCGUGGGUCUCCUCAGUGGGAUCCGAGUUUCUCCCACGCAGAGAGGCACCUGGGCCUUUGGACAACUGGGGGUGUUUUUUGGCCCCUCCAUCAGGGCGCCAGUCUUCGGUGGGUGGAAACGGGGAAUUAUUUUCCCACGUGGAGGUGCGCGUUCUCACCAGGGGGUGUUUUCCCAUGUGCAAGGUAAGGUUUUUUUUUUGCCACCCUGGACACAUGUUGGCCCCCUCAAAAAAUUUCUGCAGGGGUGUGUACCCCAUAAUCCUGUUCCCUCAUGUCUUCUCCCACCUCAUCCGCUGCGGGACACUGUUAUCGAGUUCCGACUUGGCGGGCCUGGGCCAGGGGAACUGAUCAGCCCCUAGGAAAGGUAGUGGGGCACGGGUGGUAGCGCCCUCCACG